GAGUGAGGGUAAUGGCGACCAGCUCAGCUGUGUGAGAAAACGACAAAACUCGCCACCACUAAAACCCUUUUCUUCUUUUAUCCCCUCCCCUCUCCUCUCCAAUCCCUUCAAGCUGGGAAGAAGACUAUCUUCGCUUACGGCCAUGGGGGUCUCUCUCCGCCACUUCUCUCCUUCUUCUUCUUUCUGGCUCUCGCGCCGUCCUCGCUCUUCUUCUUCUUCUUCCCUUCUUUCCUCACUCGUGCCUCGCCAUACAAUCCUUACCAGAAAAGUAGCUAUCACUAAUGGAAACGCUAGAUACUGCACUGCUACAGCUUCUGGUGGUAUCCAUGGGUUUCACCCUUCAGGUCGUCAAGGGACUUCUACUAUUGAGUUUAGCGGAGAGUGGAAACUUAGUGUUGGAUCUAAGACGGCCAUAAUGGUUCCACCAACUGUGAAACUAAACGGAGCUGUAAGUGCUUGGAGAAAAGGGGAAGUCAAUCAGGAUGAUGCUUCCGGUAACUAUUUCAGAAGCUUCGUCCCAAAGAUAGAUGAUGUUCAAUCUUACGGAAACUACCAGCUAGAACCCAGAGGUGACGUUACCACGGUUGAUAGAGAAUUGAAUAGCUUUGCGCAACAGAAGAGUCUAAGAGGACCACCUCUCGUAGCGUUGCCAAGGAAGAAUGUUAAGGCUAGGGAGAAGAUAGAUGACGAGGAUGUGCGUGGAAGACAAAGACCUCUUGUUGCUUCUUUUGACAGUGCAAGAAAUGAGAGUACGGUAACCAUUUCCAAAGUGGGGAAACGGACCGACCUGUCGAGAGUACGCGCGAACCUUACAAAAAUAUAUAAUAAGGUUCGUGUUGUCGAUAAUGUGUCUACCGCAAAGGAAAUUGUGGCCAAGCUCGUGAAUCAAUAUAGGGAUCUCGUCCAUGCUUGCGAUACUGAGGUGUCGAGGAUUGAUGUGAAGAGUGAAACACCUGUGGACCAUGGCGAGCUUAUAUGUUUCAGUAUAUAUUGUGGAUCAGAAGCAGACUUUGGAGAUGGAAAGUCAUGUAUAUGGGUGGAUGUUCUUGGUGAAAAUGGCAAGGAUGUCUUGGCUGAGUUUAAGCCAUUUUUCGAAGACUCAUCCAUUAAAAAAGUAUGGCAUAACUACAGCUUUGAUAACCACAUUAUAAGAAAUUACGGAAUCAAGCUUUCUGGUUUUCAUGGUGAUACAAUGCACAUGGCACGAUUGUGGGAUUCUUCGAGACAGACAGCAGGUGGUUAUUCGCUUGAAGCACUCACAAGUGACCCAAGAGUUCUUGGGGGAACUGAAACAAAGGAGGAAGCAGAGCUAUUCGGUAAAAUAUCAAUGAAGACGAUUUUCGGCAAGGGAAAACUGAAGAAAGAUGGAACUGAGGGGAAACUGGUGGUCAUUCCACCUGUUGAGGAGCUACAAAAAGACGACCGAGAAGCUUGGAUCUCGUACUCUGCGUUGGAUUCGAUAAGCACACUAAAGCUUUACGAGAGCAUGAAGAAACAACUGCAGGUGAAGAAAUGGUUUCUUGAUGGGAAGCUAGUUUCAGGAAAGAACAUGUUUGACUUUUACCAAGAGUAUUGGCAACCUUUUGGUGAACUUCUUGCUACAAUGGAAGCGGAGGGGAUGCUAGUAGAUAGGGAAUAUCUUGCGCAGAUUGAGAUUGUAGCCAAGGGAGAACAGGAAGUUGCUGUUUCUAGGUUCCGGAGUUGGGCCUCGAAGCAUUGUCCUGAUGCAAAGCAUAUGAAUGUUGGCAGUGACACGCAGUUAAGACAGCUCUUUUUCGGUGGCAUUUCUAACAGUUUUAAUGGUGAGGAUCUUCCAUAUGAAAAACUGUUCAAAGUCCCCAAUGUUGACAAUGUGAUUGAAGAAGGUAAAAAAAGAGCCACGAAGUUCCGGAAUAUCAAACUGCAUAGGAUUAGUGACAAUCCUUUGCCGACUGAAAAGUUCACCGCCUCAGGCUGGCCUUCUGUUAGUGGAGAUACUUUGAAAGCAUUAGCUGGGAAAGUCUCUGCAGCGUAUGACUUUACAGAGGUAGCUGCAGAUGAUAAUUCUCUAGAAGAAAACAUCGGAGAUGAGGAGUCUAUGUCGCUGCCAGAUGAAAUUUUGGAACCACAAACAUCUGUUGAAUCAGACACAUCUGCUUUUGGAACAGCGUUUGAUGCGUUUGGAGGGGGUGAGAGUGGAAAGGAGGCUUGCCAUGCAAUUGCUUCACUGUGCGAAGUUUGCUCCAUUGAUUCCUUAAUAUCCAAUUUUAUUCUUCCUUUGCAGGGAAGUAAUGUAUCAGGCAAAGAUGGUCGUGUCCACUGCUCCCUGAAUAUCAACACUGAAACUGGACGGUUGUCAGCUAGAAGGCCAAAUUUGCAGAACCAACCUGCGCUGGAGAAAGAUCGGUACAAGAUCCGUCAGGCCUUUAUAGCGUCACCUGGAAACUCUCUUAUUGUUGCUGAUUAUGGCCAGCUGGAACUUAGGAUUCUGGCACAUCUUGCUCGUUGCAAAAGCAUGAUGGAAGCUUUUGUGGCCGGUGGUGACUUCCACUCAAGAACAGCCAUGAAUAUGUAUCCGCAUAUUCGUGAAGCUGUCGAAAAUGGUGAAGUGCUCCUUGAGUGGCAUCCACAACCUGGACAGGAGAAGCCGCCAGUGCCAUUAUUAAAGGACGCCUUUGCUUCUGAGAGAAGAAAAGCUAAGAUGCUCAACUUUUCGAUUGCAUAUGGGAAGACUGCUAUUGGGCUUUCUAGAGACUGGAAGGUUUCGGUAGAAGAAGCUCAAGAAACAGUUAAUCUCUGGUAUAAUGACAGACAAGAAGUCCGGAAAUGGCAAGAGCUACGCAAGAAAGAAGCUAUACAAAAUGGGUAUGUGCUGACUUUGUUGGGAAGGGCUCGUAAGUUUCCUGCAUACCGUUCACGUGCCCAAAAGAACCAUAUCGAACGAGCAGCAAUCAACACUCCUGUUCAGGGAAGUGCGGCUGAUGUCGCCAUGUGCGCUAUGCUGGAGAUAACAGCAAAUGAACGUUUAAAGGAGCUUGGUUGGAAGCUGCUUCUACAAGUUCAUGAUGAAGUAAUCUUGGAAGGACCAAGUGAAUCAGCCGAGAUAGCUAAAGCCAUAGUUGUGGACUGCAUGUGUAGACCUUUCAACGGCAAGAACAUCCUCUCAGUCGAUUUAUCUGUUGAUGCCAAGUGUGCUCAGAACUGGUAUGCUGCUAAGUAAGAUGAAUAGAGCCAACAAUCUUUUUCUUCACGGCUACUGAAAGCUUCACUAGGAGACGCUGUUCUAGCUUUUUUUUUUGUUUAGCUCAUCAGCUUUGUAAAAAAUAUGUUCAUAUGCGGGAAAAAAACAAACGCUCACUUUGCUUAUCACAAUGAAAGCUAUCUGUAUUGAAACAGUUCGAUUGUGUAAGUAAAUGUUAGGUUUUUGACAA